AUGCAGCAGAUGUUGGAUGACAUGCGUGCAGGCACCUUUGUUGAUGUGCCACAAGAGAACACUGGAUCAUCAAAUAGGCCACCAAUUCCUGAAGAUUCACCAACAACGUCUUUUGGCAAGCUACUGGAGGAUGCCCGACGUCCUCUUUUCGACGGGUGUACAACAUUUACAAAGUUGUCGUUCAUUGUGAAGUUAUUACACAUCAAAUCUAUCGGUGGAUGGUCAAUUAGAUCAUUUGACAUGCUCCUUGAUCUGUUGCGGUCUUCCUUUCCUGAUGCGCUCUUACCACAAUCAUAUGAGGAGUCAAAGUCUUUGGAGCGCGGGUUGGGUUUCAAUUACCAUAAAAUCCAUGCGUGCCCCAACGAGUGCAUCUUAUUCUGGAAGGAAUAUGCCACGCUUAAUGAAUGCCCUGUAUGUAAGGCUUCGAGGUGGAUGCCAAAUACACACGGAUCACGCGUCAUACCUCAAAAAGUGUUGCGCCAUUUUUCGUUAAAACCGAGAUUGCAGCGUCUUUUUAUGUCUGUGAAGAUAGCAGGUGAUAUGAGAUGGCAUAAAGAGCAUCGGGCAAUAGAAGAUAGUAGUAUGAGACAUCCGGCUGACUCUGAGUCUUGGAAGAAAUUUGAUGAACAUCAUAGUUGGUUCGCUGCGGAUCCUCGCAAUGUUAGGCUCGAACUAGCAAGUGACGGCUUCACUCCCUUCAACAACUUGGCUAAACCUCAUAGCAUUUGGCCUGUGAUCCUUGUCCCAUAUAACUUGCCGCCAUGGUCAUGCAUGAAGGACCAAUUCUUUAUAACAUCUCUGAUUAUUCCAGGGCCAAGGUCACCAGGGAAUGAGAUCGAUGUUUACUUGCAACCGUUGCUGGAUGAGUUGCUUGAACUCUGGGAAUAUGGGGUACCUACAUAUGAUGCCUCAAGUAAGGAGACGUUUACGUUGCAUGCUGCAUUGUUGUGGACAAUCAAUGACUUUCCUGCCUACGGGAAUCUCUCUGGCUGGUCAACAAAGGGAAAAUUAGCUUGUCCGUCUUGUAAUGCUGACACGGACUCCAAUUGGUUGAAAUAUGGCCGAAAACAUUGUUAUAUGGGACACCGACGUUUCUUACAGCCAGAUCACAUGUGGAGAAGGAGGAAAGGGUUGUUCAACGGUAAAGAAGAUCAUCGUAUGCCACCAAGGGAUAUGGGAGGAUACGAUAUUCUAACUCAAUUGCAAAUGAUUGGGGAUGUGACGUUUGGCAAAUCUCUUAGGAAGAGAAAACGUACUGCCGAAGAGCUGAAUUGGACAAAGUGCAGCAUAUUCUUCACAUUACCUUACUGGUCAACACUUCGACUUCGGCAUAAUUUAGAUGUUAUGCAUAUUGAGAAGAAUAUUGCCGAGAACGUCUUAUUCACUUUAAUGACCAGUUCAGGAAAAAGGGGGUUUUUAAGAAGUGACAUUGCCUUGGCUUUGACUGAACUUAGCACUUUCUUCAAAGAGUUGUGCGCUCGCACACUGGAUGUGAAUCGCCUAUCCCAGCUCCAAACUGAUAUAGUCACCAUUCUAUGCAAACUGGAGAUGAUAUUCCCUCCCUCCUUUUUCGAUGUCAUGGUCCAUCUAGCUGUCCAUUUGCCUCGUGAGGCUAUACUUGGGGGUCCAGUACAAUAUAGGUGGAUGUACCCAUUUGAGAUAUAUCUAGGCAAAUUCAAGCGGUAUGUUAAGAAUAAGGCUCGACCAAAAGGUUCAAUAGCCGAGGCCUACAUUCACACUGAAUGCCUGACAUUUUGCUCCAUAUACCUCCAAGAUGUUGAGACCAAGUUCAAUCGAGUGGACCGCAACAUUGAUGCUGAUGAAGAGGAAACUAUAGAUGGGUUCCGCAUUUUUAACCAGAAAGUUCGUCCCUUGGGAACAUCAUCGAAUGUGCAAUUAGAAGAUAAACUCUUUAAGGCAGCCAUCUGGGAACACUACGAGAAAUGUAGUGUGCAACACCCAAACAGCAUCGUGAGCACGCAUCAAACCGAGUUUGCAACUUGGUUCAAGCACUGUAUCCAGGAACAUCGUACCCAGAAUCCACUUGGUGUGUCCGCUGAUCUGUAUGUGUUGGCUUGCGGGCCUGACCGUUGGGUUGCAUCAUAUGAUGCCUGCAUAAUAAAUGGAAAGCGGUUUCAUACGAAAGAUCGUGAACUUCGCCGGCGUACACAAAAUUCUGGGGUCUUGGUAACUGGGGACGAGGCCACAAAUAACGCAGACUUUUACAGUUGUCUUAAAAAUAUCAUAGAGUUACACUACAUGGAGUGGCGUCGGGUGUACCUAUUUGAAUGUGAUUGGUUUGACGUUGCUGAUCGAAAACGAGGGGUACGGGUGGAUGACCAUAUGAUUAGUGUCAACAUGAGCAGGACUUGGUAUAAGGAUGAACCGUUCGUGUUGGCGAGUCAGGCUGAUCAGUGUUUCUACAUAAGAGAUUUAAGGGUGAAAGGGAAUUGGGGUGUUGUGCAGAACUAUACAAAUAGGAAUGUAUACAACAUUCCGUCCAUGUCGAGGAGUAACGCAGAUAUUAAUGAUGGCGCCUCAAGUGAGGGGAAAACAAUACUUCUGUGCAUUAAAGCUUCACUGCACAGACAAGUUUGGCAUCGGGAUUGCUUUCUCCUACGAGACCAAUUUAUCAUGCAAUCCAAUUUUCAAGUUGGCGGCAUGAGGAGCGCUAUUAAUUAUCAAGGUGACCGAGCGGGACCCAGUUCUAGGGGCGGAGGGAGGCUGCGAGGUAUUCGUGCUAGGCGCCAUGUACCGUACAGUGCUCGCCACAACCGACCAAGGGGGGCAAAAAUCUUCUCAUAUCACAGCCCUGAGGAGCGCAAUCAAGAAUCAUCGGAUGACUCCACACAGCCCCCAAGUCCCCCACCAGCUACCAACCCAAUUCCCACACCAGUGCCUAUUCGAGAAGCCUCACCAGUGCACGAACAAUCACCUCCUAGAGAAGACACGAGAUUGGAGGACGCCAGUAUACCACAAACUGUUGCGGACGCCCCCACAGAACCUGAAGUAACGCAGCAACAAAGAAAAUGA